AGGAAUCCGUGUUCUUUGGGCUGUGUAGUUGGAUAAAUUGUCUUCGCUGGUUCAUGACAGAAACCUUGUAGGCUGUUGAACUGGAUAAGGACUCCAAAAGUGCGAAGGGACUAGAUGGACGCCAUGGUGACGGACAGCUAGGGAACGGGAGAGUGGCCUUGUGAAUUGAAAUGCUUGCUCAAAUACCGAGGCCAGAGAUAAUGGAUGAAGAUCAGUUAAUGAAAGAAGUCUUGGAUAAGUUUGUCAACUGCCAUGAGCAAACCUAUGAAGAAUUUCUGAGCACUUUCACUCAUCUUUCAAAAGAGGAUAAUGUGGCCAGAUGGGGAGCACAUGGAACCGAUUCAUCAGAAAAUAUAUUUUCUACUGUAAAAUGGAAUCAUAAAAUUGAAUCAAAUGGUCGUCAUUCUAGAAAUACAAGCAUCUUUCUUCACACUUCAUCGGAACCCUCGGAAGAGGACCAGAUUGUGAUUGGUGAAGGCCACAAAGUUGGUAGUUCCUUUCAAGGUGAUAUGACCCGGGCUGGAAAGGUGAAGGUAGACAACUUCCUAGACUUAGAAGAUGUGGACAUGGAGGAAGAGAGUAAGCCCCAGAUGAACAAGGAUUGCCUGCUACUUCCAGGUGAGGUGGAACAGGAUUUAAGCACCAGCGUUCCUUCUUAUGUUCCUUCUGUGGACCUACCGCUCACCUCUGAGGUGAAGCCAAAGCCUGCUGUGGGAAGAACUCAGAAACAAACCGAAGAGAUAGUUGGAGAUGAAGUUCAGCCCUUCUUUCUUGAUGAAGAAUUUGAUUAUGACAAUGUGAUUCUGACUCCCAAGUUUACUGCUGGAGAGAUAGCAACCAUCCAAGAGCUAUCUAAGCAAAAGAGAGUGGGUUGCAGUACAAACGUGUUCGAACUCCAUGACUGAUGCCUCUGGGUUUAGUUUUAUUUUGUUCACACUCAAGCAACAUUAGAAUAAAGCAUAUGUCAACUGAUUCCCUCUGUGGAAAUGUA